UUUUGGUUAAUAGUUGUAAUGAAGAUGUUGACUGCCUCUGCUAUUUACAUGCUAUGUGUAUCUGGUGUGCAAACAAUGGAACUUCACACUAAAGGCAAUGUAACAGUAAUGGAGGGUCAGUCAGUUACAUUACGGUGUGACUGUUCUGAAGAUGCCAAGAUAGCAUUAGUUGAAUGGAAAAAAUCCAGCAACAAAACAAAACUUGCAGUGUACAGUCCAAACGGUACACAUCACCAUGAUAAGCGAAUAAGAAUGGAAGUCAACAAUCAUCAUUCCACAAUCUCAAUCAAAAAAACUCUCAAAGAAGACGAGGAUUGGUAUUUUUGCAUAUUUCAGACCUUUCCAAAUGGAAAACAGGAGUACAAAGUAUAUUUGGAUGUAAAUGGUAAAGAUAGCAUCAUGUUGGAGGAUCUUCAUAUGAGAAAAGUGCCAAUAUAUAUUUCAGUUGUUGGAGCAGCAGUUGCGCUUAUGAUAAUUGUACUGGUUAUAUGGAAAAAGAAGAGAAAACCAGCAGUUAAAGCACUUGACCAAAAACCACGAAAGAAUAUGCCAUUUUAUGAAAACGUUGAUAAUGUACCAGAUAUGGAAUGUGAUCAAAAUUCAGAAGCAAGUGUGGCAAUGUAUGAAAAUGUGGAUGACAUAACAAACACCAAAUGGAAGAUUAGACAUGCCCAUCAUUGACAUGGCUGGGAUUUAAUUUUGGCAUUUCAGACAGGGCAAUAUAUUGCACAUCGCAACAAACAGAGUUACUGACAUAAUGACAGAACCUUGGCCAAAAUGUUGUUCAGCUUCUCUCCUCCAGUUCAACCACAAGCUUGGAAGUAUUAAUUCAACUUAUUAGUUAACACAUCUUCAAAAUUUAUUUUUACUCUCAUUUUCCAAUUAUAGGAUCAUGCAUAAUAUACUACUAGCCCUGCUCACCUGCUUUUGUU